UUCGUGAGGCUGUCACUCACGACUCACACGCUCAGUCGUGAGGGGAUAAAGUCAGAGGAGAGCUCUUCUUACAACUCUUGCUUUCAUUAACCUUCUGGACACUUUCCGGGGCUGGGGGCAAAGAUGUGAACGGAAGUGGCACUUGGACAGCUUUGAAAGGGACGAAGCGAAGAGCCGCCUGCUGGUGUUAGCAUCGUACGAAGGUUAGCUAGCUAACACUUGCCGAGCUGCCGUGUGGACGACAAACUGAGUGGAUGUCGGAUGUAGCACAUGGCCUGUAUUCUGCUGACAAACAUGAAUCCGUCCACUUCCUGUCCCGCUCCGCAUCUCGUCAACGGACUCCCCCCGGACCGGAGCCCCGCAAGCGCCGGACCCGACCCCAAGCAGGACGGCACAUUCCUGAGCGUCCACCUGUACCACGCGGGAGGAGGAGAGGAGCGUGUCCUCACUUUCCCACCUGGCGAGUAUGUGGCGGAGGAGCUCUGCAUCCUUGCGGCCAAAGCGUGUGGUAUCACUCCCUUGUACUUCAACCUGUUCGGCCUGAUGAGGGAAAGUGACGGCAUGUGGUUCCCUCUUAAUCACGUCUUUAAACUGCACCCUCCAGCCAGCGACACCCUGCACUUCAGGAUCAGGUACUACUUUCCUGGCUGGUACAAUAGCGGCAGUUCAUCAUACGCCCACCGCUGUGGUCUUUCCAAGGGCCUGGACAGCCCUGUGAUGGACGACUGCGUCAUGACCUACCAGUUUUUUCAGUGGCGAAGUGACUUCCUGGGUGGCAGGGUGGUGAUCCCAAUGGGCCACGAGGCCCAGGAAGAGUGUCUGGGCAUGGCGGUGCUGGACAUGAUGCGUCUCGCCAAAGAGAGCGGCCAAUCACCUGUCACCAUCUACAAUGAUACCAGCUACAAGUCCUUCCUGCCGAGCUGCAUGCGGCACCGCAUCCAACAGUACAACCUCCUGACCCGCAAGCGCAUCCGCUUCCGCUUCAAAAAGUUUGUCCAGCAGUUCAGCGAGUGCAAGGCCACGGUGUGCAAGCUCCGCCUCAAGUACCUGAUGAGCCUGGAGAUGCUGCUGCCGUCGCUCCACUCGGAGCGCUUCCACGUCACCGACCUGUUGGCGCACGACGUCACCAUCGUCGUCUCGGGCAACAAGGGCAUCCAGUGGUCCAAAGGGAAAGGAGAGGGAGCGGAGGAGGAGCUGCAGACAUACUGUGACUUCCCAGAAGUGAUCGACAUCAGCAUCAAACAGGCCAACAAGGAGGGCUCGGCAGAGAGUCGAAUAGUCACCCUCACCAGACAAGACAAUCAGAUCCUGGAACUGGAGUUUGAAUCUCUCCCAGCGGCCUUGUCCUUCAUAUCGUUAGUGGACGGCUAUUACCGACUGGUUGCGGACGCGCAUCAUUACCUGUGCAGGGAGGUGGCCCCGCCCAGGCUUCUGGAGUGCAUCCAGAGCCACUGUCACGGCCCCGUGUCGAUGGAGUUCAGCAUCAGCACGCUGCAUCGCUGCGGCAACCAGCAGGGCCUCUACAUGCUGCGUCGUAGCCCCAGAGACUACCACAAAUUCUUUAUGUCCUUUGUGGUGGGGCACGAGGCCAUGGUGGACUACAAGCACUGUCAGAUCAUGAACACAGAGUCCGGAGAGUACAUCCUCAACGGCUCCAAGAGAAGCUUCGGCUCACUGGGGGAACUUCUCAACUUCUACCAGAAGGAGGCGCUGCGCACCGACGGCUACACGUUCCAGCUGACCAAGUGCUGCCCGCCCAGCCCCAAACACAAAUCCAACCUGCUGGUGUGUCGAAAUAACCAAAGUCCUGAGGUGCUUCUCUCUCCGUCUCUCCACAAAAACAUCAGCCAGAUGGUUUUCCACAAGAUACGAAAGGAGGACCUCAUCAUCAAUGAGAGUCUUGGCCAGGGAACGUUCACCAAGAUCUUCUCCAGCAUCAGGAAGGAGCUGGGAGACUACGGAGAGAUUCAUCAGAUCGACGUGGUCGUCAAGAUCCUGGACAAGGCCCAUCGGAACUACUCCGAGUCGUUCUUCGAAGCCGCAAGCAUGAUGAGCCAGCUUUCCCACAAGCACUUGCUCCUAAACUACGGCGUUUGUGUCUGUGGAGACGAGAGUAAGCCCAAAUCACACAAACGUGACCACAUAGCGAUUGUUACCACACUCAAGAUAAACUGUCUUUCAGACAUUACGGUUCAAGAGUAUGGAAAGUUUGGCUCUCUGGAUACGUACCUGAAGAAGAACAAAAGCAGCAUCAACAUCGUGUGGAAGCUGGAGGUGGCCAAGCAGCUGGCUUGGGCCAUGCAUUACCUGGAAGACAAGAACGUCGUCCACGGUAACGUGUGUGCCAAAAACAUCCUGGUGAUCCGAAGGGAGGACCGCAAGACGGGCAGCCUGCCCUUCGUCAAGCUCAGUGACCCCGGCAUCAGCAUCACCGUACUUCCCAAAGAAGUUCUGAUGGAGCGGAUCCCGUGGGUGUCCCCUGAAUGCAUCCAAAACCCGCACAAUCUGAGUUUAGCCACGGAUAAGUGGAGCUUCGGCACCACCCUCUGGGAGAUCUGCAGUGGCGGAGAUAAGCCCCUCUGCACCCUCGACUGCUGCAAGAAGAUGCUGUUCUACCGGGACAGGCACCAGCUGCCGGCACCCAAAUGGACGGAGUUGGCCAACCUAAUCACCAGCUGCAUGGACUACGAGGCGUCACACCGGCCGUCUUUCCGAGCGAUCAUCCGAGACCUCAACAGGCUGUUCACGCCAGACUACGAGCUGCUGGUGGAGAGCGACAUGCUGCCCACGCGGACGCGAGGCUUCGGCUUUCCGUGGGCCUCCGAGAGCCAGGAGCCGGCGCAGUUCGAGGAGCGACACCUCAUCUUUCUCAAGCAGCUGGGCAAAGGCAACUUCGGCAGCGUGGAGAUGUGCCGGUACGACCCCCUGCAGGACAGCACGGGGGAGGUGGUGGCGGUCAAGAAGCUGCAGCACAGCACGGCCGAGCACAUGAGGGACUUUGAACGCGAAAUCGAGAUCCUCAAGUCUCUCCACCACGAGAACAUCGUCAAGUACAAAGGGGUGUGCUACAGCGCAGGACGGAAGAACCUGCGCUUGAUCAUGGAAUAUCUUCCCUACGGCAGCUUGAGGGACUACCUCCUGAAAAACAAGGAGUACUUUGACUCCAAGAAACUCCUGCUGUAUGCUCUACAGAUCUGCAAGGGCAUGCACUACCUGGCCACAAAGCGCUAUAUCCACAGAGACCUGGCCACUAGGAACAUCCUGGUGGAGAGCGAAAUGAGGGUGAAGAUAGGCGACUUUGGUUUGACCAAGGUGCUGCCUCAGGACAAGGAGUACUACACUGUGAGGCAGCCCGGAGAGAGCCCCAUCUUUUGGUAUUCUCCAGAGUCUUUGACCGAGAGCAAGUUCUCCGUGGCCUCGGACGUGUGGAGUUUUGGCGUGGUCCUCUAUGAGCUUUUCACCUACUGUGACAAAGGCUACAGCCCACCUGCGGUGUUUAUGGAGCAGAUGGGACACGAGAAGCAAGGCCAGAUGAUCGUCUAUCACCUGAUCGACCUUCUCAAGCAAGGCUAUCGCUUGCCCAUGCCUGACAAAUGUCCCCAGGAGAUCCGGCAGAUGAUGGCCGAGUGCUGGAGCGGCGAGCCGGGACGGAGGCCCACUUUCCAGAUGUUAAUCCGCAGCGUGGAGACGGCGCGAGACAACACGGACUAGCACGGAGACGCUUGGUGUCGUUGACGUGAGGACUCGAUACACUACGCCUGAAGAGGGUUCCCUUCAAGAGUCUAGAAUUACCCAUUAUUUUUUAAAGACGCAGCAAUUUUCUAUACAUUUUUGAAUAAUAUAUUUUUAUAUUGUGUAAAUAGAUGAAACGUUGCUCAUUUUGUGCUUUCAUGUGUGACAAGAAAUAUGAAUGAAACAAAAACAAAUCAAAUUUUAUGAAUGGGAUGUAUAUUUUCGUUGAAUGUAAGUGCAGGAAAAUAUCUUGUCAUGCAAUUAUAUUUUUUUUAAGUCGGAGAAAGGAGGCGUUUAUUUUCUAUUUUUGCAUUCACUGUGCUAACAUUGACAUUUUUUUUUUUUUUUUACAUAAAAGGAAUCAGAGGGGUUUUUUGUACUCAAAAUUGCUUCAAGUAGUUUGGACACACACGGUUACAACACAAUACAGCCAAGCUAGUAAUGCUUUCAAACAGUCUCGCUUUUUUGUCUUCAAUAUAUAGAGAAUAUUUUUAAACACAUAAAAAACAAUAUUGUGAUUGAUGCACAUUGUCUUGUUAGGCAUCCUUCUCAAUAAUAUACAGUGAUGUGAAAAAGUGUUUGCCCCUUCCUGAUCAUCAAACAAAUGUAAAUAUUAGCCAAUGACAACACAACUGGACACAAAAUGCAGUUUUUAAAUGAAACUUUUUCUUGUUAACGGAGAAAAACAAUCCAAACUUACAUGGCCCUAUGUGAAAAAAUUGAUUGUCCCCCCAUUAAAAAAAUAACUGAGAUGAAUUGAGAUCUAUCAGUGUGGAAAAGGUUAUAAAGCCAUUUCUAAAGCUUUGGGACUCCAGCCAACCACAGUGAGAGCCAUUACCCACAAAUGGCCAAAACAUGGAAGAGUGGUGAACCUUCCCAGGAGUGGCUGGCUAACCAAAAUAUCACAAAAGACCCCACAACAACAUCCAAAAAACUGCAGGCCUCGCUUGCCUCAGUUAAGGUCAGUGUUCAUGACUCCACCAUAAGAAAAACACUGGGCGAAAACGGCCUGCAUGGCAGAGUUCCAAGACCAAAACCACUGCUGAACAAAAAGAACAUUUUGGAAAGUGUGUCCCAUUACAUCUGGCGUAAAUUUCAGAAAAAGAACAUACCAACAGUAAAAUAUAGUGGUGGUAGUGCGGUUGUCUGGGGCUGUUUUGCUGCUUCAGGACCUGGAAGACUUGCUGUGAUAAAUGGAAGCAUGAAUUCUUCUGAAUGAGAAUGUCGGCCAUCUGUUGGUGACCUCAAGCUGAAAGCAACUUGGGUUCUGCAGCAGGACAAUGAUCCAAAACACACCAGCAAGUCCACCUCUGAAUGGAUGAAGACUUUGGAGUGGCCUAGUCCAAGUCCUGACCUGAAUCCUAUUGAGAUGCUGUGGCAUGACCUUAAAAAGGCGCUUCAUGCUGGAAAAGCCUCCAAUGUGGCUGAAUGACAACAAUUGUGCAAAAUUCCUCCCCAGCGCUGGAAGAGACUCAUUGCAAGUUAUCACAAACGCUUGAUUGCAGUUGUUGCUGCUAAGGGGGGUCCAACCACUUAUUAGCUUUAGGGGGCAAUCACUUUUUCACACAGGACCAUGUAGCUUUGGAUUGUUUUUCUCCCUUAAUCAUAAAAAGUUUCAUUUAAAAAGUGCAUUUUGUGUUCAGUUGUGUUGUCAUUGACUAAUAUUUACAUUUGUUUGAUGACCUGAAACAUUUAAGUGUGACAAACAUGCAAAAAAUAAAACAGGAAGGAGGCAAACACUCUUCCACAGUACUGUAUAUAAAAUGCAUUCAGUGUCUUAACUACUGUGUAUGUACAGUUAAAAUGCCCUCCUUUCUAAUAAAAGGGAUUAAUCAGUGUUUAGCUAUAUGGAGAUAGAAGAUGGUAAUAAAAAGGCAGAAUAAGUGGUUUGUUUCACAUAAAGACAAUAUUUUAUUUAUUUUAAAAAUGCAGAAAGAUGACAAUGUGUGUAGAAAGAGAAAAGACGUCCACGACUCAAAGCACUCAACACAAGAGUCCGAUAUCAUUCUUGGUGCAUCCCUGGCUGCAGCAAGUCCCUGCUACACCCACAGAAAAGUGGUGCCUCUUCCUACAACUACUGCUGCUCGAAGGCUGGUCCUCUGCUGCCAGAACACCUAAAAUGUGAGACAAGUAAGACGUGUCCCACUGCUGCCGACGUAUGGACAGGAGGUCCUCCAGGGAGUACGAAGAGGACGAGGGGGCUCGCGGGGAAAGGAGGCUGCGGGUGUGGAAGGAGGUGUCCAUCGUCUUGUCUCUCCAGAGGACGGCUUCUGGAGGAUGACAACGAAGAAUUAAUUUCUAAAAUAUACUUUUAAAUGACAUCUUUUGGGACAUUUGUGACGUGACUCAAAUAUCUGUCUGCUGGUUGAAUAUGGGUGUUAUUUUUAUAUUCUGCUAUUUUUACCAGCUCAGAUUUCGCCAAUAGUUUCUAAAAUAUACUUUUAAAAGGGCAGCUUUUGUGGCUUAACUCAAAUAUUCCAGACCAAAAUGUCGUCCAGUGGGUUGAAUACAUUGGUAUUUUCAAUAUUGUGCUAUUUUUACCAGCCCAGAUUUCACCAAAAGCCUCUAAAAUAUACUUUUAAAAUGGAAGCAGCCUUUAUGACGUGACGUAACUCAAAUAUUCCAAAAUACAUAUGCUGGGGGGAAUACGUAGAUUACUUUUAUAUUCUGCUAUUUUUACCAGGUUGGAUUUUGCCAAAAGCUUCUAAAAUAUACUUUUAAAAGGGUAUCUUUUGUGACGUAAUUCAAAAUAUUCCCUACCAAAAUGCCGCCCAAUGGGUUGCAUACCUACCGGUAGGUUGAUUUUGUAUUGCAUUUUUACCAGCUUAGAUUUCACCAAAAGCUUCUAAGAUAUACUUUCAAAGUGCAGCGUUGGUGAGAUUUAUGGGACGUAACUCAAAUAUUCCAGCUGCUGUGUUGAAUACGUGAGUCAUUUUUAUAUUCUGCUAUUUUUUACCAUCUUAGAUUUCAUCAAAAGCUUCUAAAAUAUACUUUUAAAGGGAGGAUCUUGUGGCAUAUUUUGACAUUCCAAACAAAAUGCCAUCUGCUGGGUUGAGUACAUACGUUAUUUUUACAUUUUUAGCAGCUUAGAUUUCACCAAAAGCUUCAAAAGAGCAUGUUGCAUUUUUACCAAAAGCUUCUAAAAUAUACUUUUAAAGAGCAGCUUUCGUGACAUAUUCUGACUUUCCAAACAACAUGUCUGCUGGGUUGAGUACUUAUGUCAUUUUUCCUUUUUUUUUUAGCAGCUCAGAUUUCACCAAAAGCUUUCGUGACAUAACUCAAACAUUCCAAACUGAAAUGACGCCUACUGGCUUGAAUACGUACGCUACUUUUGACCAAAACUGCCUAAAAUAUACUUUUAAAGAGCAGCAUUUGUGACAUAUUAUGUGACAAAACACAAACAUUCCAAACCAAAUUGCUGCCUGUUAUGUUAAUACGUAGGUUAUUUUUAUAUUCUAUUUUUAACACCCUAGAUUUCACCAAAAGCUUCUAAAAUAUACUUUUAAAAGGCAUCUUUUGUGACAUAUUAUGUGACAUAAUGCAAACAUUCCAAACCAAAAUGCUGCCUGCUGUGUUAACGUAGAUUAUUAUUUUUACCGUCUUAGAUUCCACCACAAGCUUCUAAAAUAUCUUUAUAAAGGGCAGAUUUUGUGACAUGUUUC